GUAGCUAUAGCUCAUAUAUACCAUUCAUUUUGCUCUCUCUCUCUCUUUCACAAACACACACACACAUUUGUCCUGCCAGGUGCUCCUCUUAAUUCCAAAAGGGUCAAGAUGGAAAAUCUUUCUUUCAUUAUUGGAGUCAUAGGCAACAUAAUUUCAGUUCUCAUGUUUCUUUCGCCAGUAGGAACAUUCAGAAGAAUAGUAAAGAAUGGAUCAACAGAGGAUUUUGAUAGCCUUCCAUAUAUUUGUAUAUUGCUCAAUACAUCUUUGUGGACUUACUAUGGAAUUAUUAAGCCAGGAAGCUACCUUGUUGCCACUGUCAAUGGCUUUGGAGUCAUCUUUCAGACUGUCUACAUUGCUUUGUUCCUUCAAUUUGCUCACCCCAAAAUGAGAAAUAGGACAGCCAUCCUAGUUGGGGUUCUGAAUGUGGUGCUUAUAGGAACAGCUAUAUUAUUGGCACACUUUCUAUUACAUGGUCAGAUGAGAAUUAACGUUAUUGGUUUCUUGUCAACAGCUCUAAAUAUCAUGAUGUAUAUCUCCCCACUUGGUGUUAUGAAAACAGUGGUGACAAGCAAGAGUGUAGAGUAUAUGCCAUUUCUUCUUUCGCUUUUCCUAUUCUUUAAUGGUGCCAUUUGGACUUUCUACGCCCUGCUUAUGGCUGAUUGGUUUCUUGGAGUACCAAAUGUUAUGGGAUGGCUCCUGGGAGCAGUGCAGCUGGUUAUAUAUGCCAUUUACCGGAACCCCAAUUCAUCUAAGCAAGUCGUCGAACAAUUAGAAGACCAAACGGAAUGCCUGCUGCCACCUUCUUCCAGCUCAACCCAAGAGUAUUAAGCGGGCGUUUGAUCAUGUUUCACUGAGAUUUUUUUUAAAAAAAAUAAAUUGUUUUCUAAAUGAAAAAUUAUAAUUGAAAAUUGGAGUUGGCUUUGACCAUGGAUAUAAAUUGGAAUUGUUUUUUACUUUUUUAUGAGUAAUUAAUUUGGAGUGGAAAAG